CAACGAAGGAGAACCACACCAACAGUCCCUUUCUCUUGACUUUCAUAUGUUUUCAAAUGCCUACGUGGCCUCAUCACGGGCCUCUGAGUUAAUUCUCCACACCUGAUGUCACGUAAUCAUUACUGUCGUUACGGCAACAGGCAUUAAGCAGAUGAUUUUGCACGAUUGGCACCUUCAGUGAAGCUCCUCCUACAUCAAUCCACCAAUAAAUACCAGAAACCAACAAGCAGAAGAAUCACUUCAGGUGUAAGAAUUGAAAUCUUCACACUGUUGUUGGAGUUACUGGAAGAGAAGCUUGAGAACACGAGAGAUCCAGAACUACACAGAACACAAACUGAGGGACUGAAGAACAAAGAGAUAUGAUGGAACACAAAACGAGUGGAAACAAAUCCCCCAAAACUGGACACGUUAGAACUCACAGUGAUGAGAAACCUUUCACGUGUCAUCUGUGCAGGAAAAGUUUCACCUGUAAAGGAGACCUUAAGAUACACAUAAUGAUUCACACUGGAGAGAAACUGUUCACAUGCCGUGACUGUGGAAAGAGUUUUAAAAGUACAAGUCACCUUAAGACACACAUGAUGAUUCACACUGGAGAGAAACCUUUCACAUGUCUACAGUGUGGAAAGAGUUUUAACAGUACAAGUCACCUUAAGAGACACAUUGGUAUUCACACCGGAGAGAAACCUUUCACAUGCAAACAGUGUGGAAAGAGUUUUUCACUAAACAAUAACUACAAGCAACACUUGAGAGUUCACACUGGAGAGAAACCAUUCAAAUGCCAAGAGUGUGGGAAGGCUUUCACACAUCAAAGUGCAUGCAAGAUACACAUGAGGAUUCACACCGGUGAGAAACCAUUCACGUGCCAACAUUGUGAAAAGAGUUUUAAAACUACGAGUGAAACUAAGACACACAUGAGAACUCACACCGGAGAGAAACCAUUUGCAUGCCUUCAGUGUGGAAAGUCUUUUACACUCUCAGGUCACCUUAAGGGUCAUUUGAGAAUUCACACCGGAGAGAAACCUUACCCAUGUGAUCAGUGUGAAAAGAGUUUUAUUUGUAUUAGUCACCUUUAUAGACACAUGAAAAUUCACACCGGAGAGAAACCUCAUGCAUGUCUACUGUGUGGAAAGAGUGUAGGAGAUAAAGCUUCCCUGAAAAGUCAUAUGAGGUUUCACAGCGGAGAGAAACCCUACCAAUGUGAUCAGUGUGAAAAGAGAUUUGCAUGUAAAAAUACCCUUGUGUUACACAUACGAACUCACACUGGAGAGAAACCAUUCGAAUGUCAACAGUGUGGAAAGAGUUUCUCAUCUCAAUGUAACCUUAAGAGACACAUGAGAAUUCACAACGAAGAGAAACUGUUCACAUGCAACGAGUGUGGAAAGAGUUACAGAUGUAAAUUAAGCCUUCAGUCACACAUGAGAUCUCACGCUGGAGUUAAACCUUUUGGAUGUCAUACGUGUGGAAAGACUUUCUCAGUUGAAAGUUAUCUUAAGAAACAUUUGAGAAAACACGCUGGAGAGAAACCAUAAACAUGUCAUCUGUGUUGAAAAUGAGAAGCUAGUCUCCGAUCUUAGCAGUGUUUUUACUCUGAUCAGUGCUGUUACAAGUAUAUUUCUGC